UUGCCGGAGGACUGGCGAGCGCGGCUGAAGCGGAGGAAAACCGCGUCAAGCACAUGAGCCGUGCUGCGCGCUUUUUUUUGUUUUGUUUUGUUUUUUGGUUGGUUUUUUUUUACAGAUGUACAGUUCAGAGCCCUUCACUUGACCAUUGUCCAAUAAAUUGUAGCAGUUUGGGAUGUGCUGUCUGGUUGAGUGGGGGCUCUCCCAGUCCCUGCCAUGGCCACAGGAGGCCGUUUGGGGCUGGUGGGCUGAUGCCAGUGUGGCCCUUUGUGGCCCUGCUGUCCUGGGUGUCUGCCAGGAUGGCGAAAGCCCUCUGGCUCGUUUCCCAGCUCUGCUCUGGGACCGCCCUGUCCCUCCCCGCCGGUUGCUCAGCAACCGCGUCCUGGCUCUGACUGCGACUGGAGAAGGGUCCUGCCAGACCUCUGGCGGCCAUGCGGCCCUCGGCGCACCCCCCUGCCCACCUUGGGGAGCGGGGGCUGGGGGGCUUUGAUGGGGGGCUGCUCCCCGAGCCCUACGACAGCUUCAUGCGCAGCCACCUGCGCUAUUACGGCUAUUUCCAAGGUGAGCCCUGGCUACAGGGACGUGGCACACCCCAGUGCCCCCCUGGCCCCUCUGGGCUGCAGCACUGCUCUCCCCAAGGCCAGAAGAUUAGGGGACAGAAGACCCCUGCGGCCCCGGGGGCCCCCUCCGAGCAGCACCCUGACAGCAGCGGCCUGUGGGGUCCUGGGCAGGAGUUGAGCCGAGUGCACCCGAACCCCCCCGCAGCCCCUCCCAGUCUUGCUGGGGGGCUGGACCCAGCCCCCCGCCAGCGCACACCGGCCUCCUUGGCACGGCACCUCGGGUCCCCAGGGGAGCCACGGGGUCUCUUCGCCCUCCCCUCGGCACGGGGCCCCCCACCUGCUCCCCGCUGGCCCAUCGAGUGUGAGGUCAUCAAGGAGACGAUGGAGCACAUCGAGUGGGUUCCCCCAGAACCAGAGCCCUUCUGCCAGCCCAUGGGUCCUGAGCAAGCCCCGGCCCCCCUCAGCGAGGAGCUGGGCACCGUCGUCUACCACCUUCACCCAGCGCCCCGAGGCUCCUGCUUCACCCGUGCUCGGGUUGGGGGGGCCCCAGGGCCCCUCUCCUCACCAGCAGCCCCCUUGGAGGGUCCCCAGGACACGACACUGCUCUUCGAAUCACGCUUUGAGAGCGGCAAUCUCCAAAAAGCUGUCAAGGUGGGCCCCUACGAGUACGUGCUGACGCUGCGGCCAGACCUGUACACCGCCAAGCACACCCAGUGGUUUUAUUUCCGCAUCCAAAACACCCGGCGAGAACCUCUCUACCGCUUCACCAUCACCAACCUGGCGAAGCCCAAGAGCCUCUAUGGCGAGGGUAUGCGCCCACUGCUCUACUCCCAGCAGGACGCCCAGAGUUGCGGUGUUGGCUGGCGCCGUGUCGGCACCAACAUCCACUACUACCAGGGUGGUGGCGGUGGGGAGGAACCGGCUGCCUUCUGCCUUUCCUGGACGACACGUUUCCCCCACGACGGCGAUACCUGCUUCUUUGCUCACUCCUACCCCUACACCUACUCCGACCUGCAGCGCUACCUGCAGGCGCUGGCGGGCGACCCGGCACGCUCACGGUACUGUGAGGUGCGAGCACUGUGCCGCAGCUUGGCCGGCAACACCAUCUACUUGCUGACCAUCACCAGUCCGGCCGGCGUGGCGGCGACCAAGCGGGUGGUGGUGCUGAGCGCCCGUGUGCACCCCGGGGAGAGCGGCGGCUCCUGGGCUAUGCGGGGUUUCCUCGAUUUCCUCCUCAGCACCCACCCUGACGCCCGGCUCCUGCGCCAGCUCUUUGUCUUCAAGGUGGUACCCAUGCUCAACCCCGAUGGGGUGGUGGUGGGCAACUCCCGCUGCUCCUUGGCGGGCCGUGACCCCAACAGGGCUUAUGGCACAGCGCUCCGCAGCUCCUUCCCCGGCGUGUGGCACCUGCGGGCCAUGGUUGAGAGGAUGCUGGCUGAGCGGGAGGUGGUGCUGUACUGCGACUUCCAUGGGCACAGCCGGAAGAACAACAUCUUCAUGUACGGCUGUGAUGGUGGCCAGGCUGGUCUGCGGCUGCACCAGCGCAUCUUCCCCCUGAUGCUGAGCAAAAACGCCCCCGACAAGUUCUCCUUCCCCAGCUGCAAGUUUAAAGUGCAGAAGAGCAAAGCGGGGACGGGCAGGGUCGUCAUGUGGCGCAUGGGUGUCUCCAACAGCUACACACUGGAGGCAGCUUUUGGAGGCUCCACGCUGGGUGGGAGGAACUCACACUUCACUGUGGAAGAUCUCAAGGCGCUAGGCUACCACCUCUGUGACACCCUGCUCGACUUCUGCGACCCCGAUCCAGCCAAGUUCCAGCAGUGCCUGGUGGAGGUGGACGCGCUGCUGCGGCAGCGGCUGGGCCGGGAGCCGGGAUCUGGCGGCAGCUGGAGCGACAUCUCCCCUUCAGAGCUUGAGUCCAGCACCAGUGGCUCAGACAGCUCUGUAUCUGAUGGGCCCCCGGCUCCCAUCUGCGGCCCGGCCCAGCCGGUGAGUCCCUGGGUGCCGCCACUUUUGGGACAAAAGGGACGAAGCUCCAGGGAGGUGCGAGGUGUCAGAGGUGCAGACACCCUGGCACCGUUUUGCCAUCCGGCACAGCUGGAGCAAUGGAGGAGGAAGCGGCUGCGGAGCCGGAGAGUGAGAAACACCCUGCGCCAGACAAACACUCCCUGCAAGAGCCGUGCCCGUGUCCCGGUAAGCCUGGGCCCACCAGCACGGUCCACCCUGUCUCAGAGGGGACAGUCCUGCAGGGACACUUGUCUCCAGUGCUGUCCCAGCAGGUAUAACCCCUCUUCUGUGACCCUUAAGCCACCUGUCCCUGGCACCCCGAGGGGAAGCAGCGCAGCAGGAGAGAAGCCUGGAGCUGGCUCUGGUGUGACCUUUCCCUGUGCAGCACGAGAGGGAGAUGGCCACCACACCACCAUGGUGGUAUCUCAGCCAGACAGUGGCACAAGUGCAGCAUCACGCUGCCGGCCACUGCUGAGCACCCACCAUCCCCAUGUCACCGGUGCCUCCUCACAGGAUACAGCCCCGGGAGCUGAAAUGGGGCUGUUGCAGCAGCAGCGCAAGCAGAAGGGAGGGCAGGCAGCUGCUGCCCGCGGCCACAAGGCCCGGCCCCCCCUCACCGGCCCCGGCAGGGCCUGGCCUUCCGCCACUGCUGCACGCUGCUGCGCCUGUGCUCGAGAUUAAAGGUGGUGCUGUGGCCAAGCCUCUGCGUGGUGACGCCUGUUUUCAUUGUGCUGUCCCCACCCAGGGGCUUCCCUGUUGCCCACAGCCCUACAGCCUGCCGCCACCCAGGCCCUGCCGCCACGGCGGUGCCUCAGGCCCUGCAGGCUCCCUCACCAUGGUGUUAUGUCAGGCCCUGUCGCCAUGACAUCACCUCGGGCCUGCAGGCUGCAGAGAGGCCUCAGGCCCCACGGGUGCUCCAGGCCCCGUUGCCAUGGUGACGCCUCAGGCCUCGUCACCACCGUGACGGACACUCUCCCCCCACACA